UUUUCAUACUUGCAUUACUGCCCAUGGACCGAAAUACCACUGCUUUGUAUGAUGUUCUGGGGAUACAGAAAACAGCGACUCCAGAAGAGAUAAAAAAGGCAAGCCACAGCUUUAUAAAUCUAUUAACUUGCAUGAGCUCAUGCAAUCCUUGACGUUAGGCUUAUCGUCGCUUGGCGCUGCGGUACCAUCCAGACAAGAAUCCGGACAGCGCUGAACAGUUCAAAGAUAUCAGUCACGCUUAUGAAGUGCUCAGCGAUGAACAAAAACGGCGCGUAUACGAUCGAUAUGGUGAACUUGGAUUACAAAUGAUGGGCACCAUGGCCAGUCCUCUCUUCGAUCCCGAAAUUGAGUCCAUGUUGUGCACGUUUUUCAUGAUGAUAGCCUUGGUAUUUGCACUGGGUAUUAUUUUCUUUGCGUUCCUGACUGUCAAAGUGGACGGUAUCGUUCAGUGGGAUUGGGCCGUGGUCUGGAUUCCUUUGUGGAUCAUCGACGUUGUUAUGUUUUUUGGAGCACUGCGACAAUUGUUUAGUUCCAAAGACGACGACGAGCUCGACGAGGAGGAUGAUGCGGGCGAUGACGACGACGAGAAUAAGCGAGCUGCACGUAAAAUGACCAAACGACGUAUGCGAGUGCUUCGUCGAACUAUUUACACUGUGUACCUAUUCCUCAUCAUCUUGUUCCAAAUUUUCAUCGUGCUCAAGCUGCAGAACCGUGUACAGUGGUCCGCUGCAGUUGUAUUUAUUCCGUAUUUCGUGUUGGAGGGACUUCAUUUUGUGCUUUCUCUCAUCGAGUUCGCCGUUGCAUGCACAGUGUUGGCCCAGAUUCAUCAGGAGCAUCUUAUCAAGCACCUGUGUACCUUAUUCUUCAAGCAAUUCUGGCUGCUGGUAUUACGAGUCGUGCUUUUCAUCCUCAUCGCAUUACGUGUGGAUCAAAUCAUCACCUGUUCAUGGGCCGUUGUGUUCAUCCCUCUAUAUCUCGUUGGUGUGAAGUAUGCCGUCCAAUUAUUCCUUAGCUACCGCUACUUUUCACGAUUGCCGCAACCUGAAAUUGCUCAGCAAGGCAAGACUACCGUUAUGCUCGGUUUUAUUGCCUUUGUUAUCGUGGGUGCACUCUUUUAUGCAUUGGUUGGACUGAUUGCUCGACGAUUGGACGGUUAUUGGUAUAUUUCCAUGUCCCAUGUUUUUGUGCCUGUCUUUAUUGUCCUGUCUUUGCUUGUUUGCUGUUCUGGAUGUUGUCUCCCUUGUAUUUUAAUGAUGUCGUCUGUGGGUGAUAUCGAGGAUCCUGAACAGUUACGGGAGUUGAUCGAUCCCAAUCGACGCAUUACUCAAUCCGGUGAAACUGUUUCAUCGAGAACGGCCUCCACAUUUUAGCACUGUAUUUUUUUCAUUUUCAUAUUCACGUAUGACCGGUCAGUUUCACUCUGCUAUAUCGUAGCUGAACAUUCUUUAACGCACAUCAUUCCCCUUAUUAUGUAUUUCUCCCAUUUUAACGCAAUAUUUCCUUUUUCUAAAAUCCUGUAAACUCUCUUCCCAUAAUAUCAUACUUUUAUUCAUUCUGUACUCUACUGAAUUUCUGUUGAAAUCAUCCCUCAUAGUAAUGGUUUUCGAAUGAUUCACAUAGACCCAUCGACCUAUUCCCAAAAUUUUUGAAGCUAGUAAAUACACAUCCGCAAAAGAAC